CCAGCCCUUCUCGGUCCCAGCGGCAGCGCAUGGCGGCUCCAGGACAUCCUGCUCGGGAGACAGCGGCAGCCCCAGGCCCAGGGCGCCCUACGUGCCGUGACGCUGCCUCGAGGACCAAGAAGCAAAAGAAGAAAACCCGGGAUGGGUCGUCUGUUGCCAAUGGAAGCGGGAAGACCCCAGAAAAGCAGGCCCCCGAGGAAGCCCCCCUAAGCGCAGAGGCCCAGGCUGAGCAGCUGGCUCGGGAACUGGCCUGGUGCGUGGAAAAGCUGGAGCUGGGACUGAAGAUGCAGAGACCCACCCCUAAGCAGAAAGAACAAGCUCUUGGAGCAAUCCGAACCUUGCGCAGCCAGAGAACCCCCCUGCCCCGGAAGAGGCAGCUGAUGCGCUCUUUGUUUGGGGACUACAGGGCUCAGAUAGAAGCCGAGUGGCGCGAGGCCCUGCAGGCUCUCAGGACUGCUGCCCACUCAGCCCAGGUGCAGCCUGUAAGUGAGGCUGCCAGAAAGAAGAGCCGAAGGGUCUGCAGACCUCGUCCAGAAGGAAGGUCCAAGGGCACCUUGGAUACUUGUGAUGAAGAGUUUAGGUUUAAUUUCUUUUAGCCUCUUCCCUAGAGUGGCCACCUCUGCAGUGGGGCAGGGUUUCUCUGGAGUGCAGCACUUUUCCAGGAAUGCUGUGGGGGCAGAUGGGAGACCUGCAUGUUGGCUGCUGACAAGCCCAGGACCCCAUUUGUAGGUUUUCAGCUGAGAUGUCCCUCCUGCCAGAAUAGGGAGGUUCCUUUAGAUGGUUCUACAGUAGACUGAAGUGAGUGUUCACACUGUGUUGUAGAACAGCUGUCCCCAGCCUUUUUGACACCAGGGACAGAUUUCAUGGAAAACAGUUUUUCCACAGAGAGGGUGGGAGAUGAAACUCAGGUUGUAAUGCAAGCAAUGGGGGGGAGUGGAUAUAAAUACAGAUGACUCUUUCCUUGUUCGCUGUCUUUUCAUCUCCUGCUGUGUGGCCUGGUUCCUAACAGGCCAUAGACCAGUACUGGCCCAGGGGUUAGGGACCCCUGUUAUAAAAGACUCUCAACAGUCUCAGGAGCAGACUUAAGUAGGUAUUGUUAAUAAGGGUUAGUGGGGAAGCUGUAUAGUUGUACACUGGUGCUCACUUAUGGAAGGAUGUCCUCUCAAGUGGUGUGGCGCUCCAUACCAUUGAGUCCCAUUGCUAUAAUAAAACUGUUUCUUAGAAAUGUGGAUAAGCAAAAGCAUGUGCUAACAGUGCUGUUACGGGAAAUGUAGAUGAGGUGGUGUCAGGCACUGCUGGGUGCAGGCUCUCACCCCAGGGCUUGGUCCUUUGUAUUGCCUUCAUUCCUGAGCAGGUGUCAUCCUCAAGGAGCCAGUGUAUCCCCCAGCAGCCCAGGCUUUGUUCUGAGGAACAGGUAGCUUCUUGCCCUAAGAAUCCUAGCCAAAUACCAGCAUUGAAUCUCUGGGCAAGCUCUGAUGUCAGCUGCUCCAGGUGAUAGUCCCAGGACUUCUGCAUUAAGUUGGGUUUUCACGGUGGCUUAAUUCUCUUGUGACUGUGAUGCCAUCUUUGGUAGUGUCUCCCAAACUUGCAGACUAGACAGAGACCCAGAGCCCACCUGCCUACUCAGCAUCUCUGCUUUGGUGUCUCACAGAUAUUUCACACUUGACAUGUUCACAUCUGAUUAGUCCCUAAAUCUAUCUUCUGCUUUCCAGUGAAUUCCACUACUGCCCACCUAGUUGAUUAGGCCCCAAAUCUGUCAUCUCUGCAAAAGGAGUUCCUGGAUCCAGUUCCAAAGAGUGAGUGAGUGUGUCUGUGUGUGUGUGCGCGCACCUUGGCUUCCUCACACCAACAGCAAUUCUUGGAUGUCGGCAGCAUGUCCAAAAUUCAACUCAGUUAUGAUGCUAUCUACCCAGACAGUCAGAUUCCACAGGAAAGUGCUCAACCUCACAAGACCCAGUUCUGCUUCACGCACUAGUUGCAAGUCCAGGUUGUUACCUGUAUUUCUGACCAACUGGCUACAAAUCAAUCAGCUUCCCAUGACCCAGUUCUUAGGUUCAGUUAACUUGCUACAGUGGGUCCCAGAACUCAGGAAAAUUGUUUACUCACUAGAUUACCAGCUUGUCAAUAGGAUGUGAAUAACAAGCAGACGAGAUACAGAGCGCCAGGGAUGAGGAAAGGCAUGGACCUCCAUGCUCACCACCCAGAAGCUCUGCUGGCCUCUAUGGAGGCUUCCUUCACCCAGAAGCUCUGCUGGCCUCUAUGGAGGCUUCCUUCACAGACACCAUCAGUUCAACCUCUAGCCUGUCCCCGCUCCCUAGAGGUAGAAGUUUUUAUCCCUCUAAUCACAGGCUUCAUUCUCCUGCCAGCAAAGUGACACCUGACAUCCCUCUCUACCAAGUGAGGACACACUGAGGUGGCUGUACUUUAGGCCUGGGAAAGAACUGACCAGGAGCUAAAUCAGACAGCACACUGGUCUUGGACUUCUCAGCCUCCAGAAAUGUGAGAAAUAAACUGGAUUUUAAACCA